GGCGCACUCGAUGUUUUUUUUCCCGAAGCGCUGUAGUGCGCAGUUCAGAUCAGUCAGUGAGCUGGGAGCAGCAGCCCCAGUAUAGUGAACCUAUACUCCGCCGUCACCAUGAUAUCUGUCUGCAGGUACACGGUGCAAGCGCACCAUUGCUUACCUUACCUGAAACCACUGAAGAAGUCUGUGCCAACCUUCUGCAUCAAGAGAUGGGCAUCAGCGACUGUGCCACGAAUCACCACGCAUUAUACCAUCCACCCCCGUGACAAGGACAACAGAUGGGAAGGUGUCAGUAUGGAGAGGUUUGCAGAGGAAGCUGAUGUGGUGGUAGUUGGAGGUGGACCUGCAGGUCUCUCUGCAGCCAUACGGUUAAAGCAGCUUGCGGCUGAGAGUGGUAAGGAGCUGCGUGUUUGCUUGGUGGAAAAAUCAUCUCAGAUCGGGGCUCACAUCCUCUCUGGGGCCUGUCUGGAGCCAAGAGCCUUGGAGGAACUGUUCCCUGACUGGAAGGAAAGAGGGGCCCCACUGCACACAAAGGUGAAUGGAGAUAAGUUUGGAAUCCUGACAGAAAAACACAGAAUACCAGUACCUAUGCUGCCAGGACUUCCAAUGAAUAAUCAUGGCAACUAUAUUGUGAGGCUUGGCCACUUCGUCAGCUGGCUUGGUGAGCAGGCAGAGGCUCUUGGUGUUGAAAUCUACCCUGGAUACGCAGCGGCAGAGGUGCUUUUCCAUGAAGAUGGUAGUGUUAAAGGAAUAGCCACAAAUGAUGUUGGUAUUCACAAAGAUGGCUCCCCAAAGCCCACAUUUGAACGAGGCCUGGAACUGCACGCUAAGGUCACCAUUUUCGGAGAAGGCUGCCAUGGGCAUCUUGCCAAACAGUUGUACAAGGCCUUCAAUCUUAGAGAGAACUGCGAACCACAAACCUAUGCAAUUGGGCUAAAGGAGCUCUGGCUUAUCGAUGAGAAGAAGUGGCAGCCCGGUCUCGUAGAACACACUGUGGGCUGGCCGUUGGAUAGACACACCUAUGGUGGCUCAUUCCUUUAUCACCUCAAUGAGGGAGAACCACUCGUAGCACUCGGUUUUGUGGUUGGCUUAGAUUAUCAGAACCCAUAUUUGAACCCAUUCAGAGAGUUCCAGAGGUGGAAACAUCACCCCUCGGUGUCCCCUACACUGGAGGGUGGAUCCCGAAUUGCUUACGGAGCACGAGCUCUUAAUGAAGGAGGUUUCCAGUCAUUGCCAAAGCUCACGUUCCCUGGGGGAGUUUUGGUUGGAUGCAGCCCUGGCUUCUUGAAUGUUCCAAAGAUUAAAGGAACCCACACAGCAAUGAAGAGCGGCAUGCUGGCAGCAGAAUCCAUCUUCAAGCAGCUCACUGAUGAAAGCCUCCAGUCAAGUACGCAAGGGCUCAAUAUCACAGACUAUGAAGAAAACAUAAAAAAAUCUUGGGUAUGGAAAGAGCUUUAUAGCGUGAGGAACAUCAGACCGUCCUGCCAUGGACCUCUGGGAUUGUAUGGUGGCAUGCUAUACACUGGUAUUUUCUACUGGAUACUAAGGGGGAUGGAGCCUUGGACAUUGAAGCAUAAAGGUUUGGAUAGUAACCAGCUAAAACCAGCCAAGGAUUGCACACCCAUUGAGUACCCCAAACCUGAUGGCAAGCUUAGUUUUGACCUCCUUUCAUCUGUGGCUCUAAGCGGUACGAAUCAUGAGCAUGACCAGCCAGCACAUCUGACAUUACGGGAUGAUAGCAUACCAGUCAACCGGAACCUUGCUAUAUAUGAUGGCCCGGAACAAAGAUUCUGCCCAGCAGGUGUUUAUGAAUAUGUUCCCCUGGAAUCGGGUGAAGGAUCACGGUUACAAAUCAAUGCUCAGAACUGUGUGCACUGCAAGACUUGUGAUAUUAAAGAUCCAAGUCAGAAUAUCAACUGGGUUGUGCCAGAAGGUGGCGGUGGACCUGCCUACAAUGGGAUGUGAGCGCCCCUGCAGAGCAGUAUCAGGGACUGGUACCAACCUCUGACCCCAGAAUGUUUCUGGAAAAUUAAUUAUCAGGCUUUAAUCGAAUGUGAUACCAGGGCUGUGGAGUUCCACCAUUGCUUGUGGGAUGACACUAACACACUAAUGUAGAACGGGCAUCUGAUUUCUGCUUUGUGCCAGUGAAAUGCCUUAUUAUAUCUGGUCGACUUGAGGACUACUGUGAGGCAUGCUCAGUGUCGGCUACGGACAAUGCCUUAUUUAUGCAUCUAAUGUAAAAGAAACACUUUGUAUGUUCCACAUUUUUAUGUGAAAAAAAGAACAGACGUUUUUACAAAA